GGGAGAGUCUGAGAGAGUCGUCACGAACUACUAUAUUUUACUAAAUGUAUAAAUACCCGUGUGGAAGAAACAAAGAACAUACAACACUUUUCUGGCUUGUUGGAACAUACUGAAGGGUGCAGCACAAUGGCUCCUUUGCAAGAUGUAGACAUGCUCAUAAUCGGAGCUGGUAUUAGCGGGUUAGGAAUGGCUUGUCAAAUGCGUAGAAAGUUUCCUAACUUAUCAUUCAGUGUAGUUGAAAAGCGAGCACAACAUGGCGGCACUUGGGAUCUGUUUAAGUACCCGGGAAUACGAAGCGACUCUCCUAUGCAGUCAUUUGCAUAUUCAUGGCAUCCAUGGAGCAAGCUGAGCAUUCGAGCGUCUGCGUCGGAGAUCUUAUGGUACCAAAAAGGUGUGAUGAAGAAAUACGAUCUCGACGCCGACGUGAUCGCGUACAAUACAGCUAUCAAAACCCUCAAGUUUAAUACAACCACGUGCCUGUGGACAGCGACCACUGAAGAUCCCGAUGUAUCAUAUACUGCAAGGUUUGUUUAUGCUGGCACCGGCUACUAUGAUCAAGAGAAAGGCUACAUUCCUGAUUUCAAGGGCGUCGACGAUUUCAAGGGGGAAGUACUCCAACCAAUGCACUGGCCAGAGAACUUCUCGUGUGAGGGGAAGGAUGUAGUUAUCAUCGGAAGCGGAUCUUCUGCUGUGACCAUCGCACCGGCCAUCUGUGACGUCGCAAUGUCUGUGACUGUUGUGCAACGAUCGCCAGGUUACGUUGUCAACCAGCCCGGUAGACUCCGGUUCAACCCACUGAUGCAAAGGCUACUCAGUUGGUUCCCACCACUCUUCAGACUCUACACCCGAUGCUACCGCUUCGUCUCAGUGUUCAUGAACCAGUACGAGUACUGGCUUGCGACGAGGUUUCCGAAUUUUGCGCAGAAGAUGGUCUUGCAGGCCGCUACGGAUGAAGUCGGUGAAGACGUUGUGACCCAGCACUUCACACCGAAGUAUAACGUAUGGGACCAGCGCGUGUGUGUGGCAUCGGACGGCGACCUUUUCCAGGGUAUUAAGGCUGGUAAAAUUCGCUAUGUAACGGACACCAUCGAUACGUUUACGGAAGACGGCUUGCGUUUGACUCGUGGAGAUGAAUAUAAGGCUGACGUGAUCGUAUCGGCCACCGGCAUGACACUGGAAAUUUUCGGGAAAAUCGACGUGUUCGUCGAUAGGGAGCCGUUCGUAGUGAACAAUAGUAUUAUGUAUCGCUCGAUUAUGUUUUCUGGGCUGCCGAAUCUGUUCUACGGUCUGGGGGCUACUAAUCAGUCGUGGACUGUGAAAGUGGAGUUCGCGCUGAAAGUGAUAGAAGACAUCAUGAAGUAUAUGGACUACUACGAAUACAAAACAUGUGUGCUGAACAAGACAACCACCGAUAUCAGGGAAGGCGACGUACCACUGAAUUCCGGAUACUUCACCAGGAAUAGAGACAAGCUUCCCAAAUUGGGACUUGACGCUCCUUUUCAUUGGGGGCUGUAUGUGAUCCAUGACUACUUCUCGUACUUCUGGAAUCCUAUAUCUCGAGACCCAUCGUUAACAUUUGCUUAAAGAAUAUUCAUGUUAGAGCUAGUGCAAAUAUUCGCUGCAUGGAUAUUACUAUUGCAGCACACGAGACAUUGUAUAUAUAACGCAUAUAUAUCUCACUACACCUUUCGUGAAAUGCUGAUGUUUUUGCAAAAGUUUUGCACAGAUCAAUCAGAAUUCAAAAGUGUAGCUCCAAGUCAAGUAUUCGUCCAUUUGUCUCAAGGAGGAGCUUUGUAAAAUCUGUGGUCCGCACUUCGGAUAGGUAGUGAGUUUGUGACAUGUACUGGCGCAAGGGUUCUCCACAGGUAUCGUACUUGCUCUAUCGCUACUGAUAAUGAGGAUAUACAAUUCGACUUGACACGCAUUCGGAAAUGAACGCAUGUAUGAUCGAGCACUGAUUUUCAAACCUUGGAUGCGGUAUAGAAAUGUACCCUGACAUAGUCUCGAAAUGAGGUCGAUGAGCCUAUGCUAAUACGACAGCUCGGAUUUUGAGAAACAGGCGGUAUCUGAACUGUGCAUGAUGACCUAUGUAUGCUAUUUCCACUGUGACCCAUUUACAGUAAAACCACAAGAUUAACCUUAGUAAAUACUCGUUUUAUUCACAUGUGCGACCGAUGCGAGGUCAACUACAAUUGGAGAUGAUCCUGCAAGAGUUGUCAAGCCCCAAGACUCAGACUCAGGCUUUUGCUACUGCACUUGAUCCGUGGCGAAAUUAGAAAGCACUGAUGUCUUAGAAUUGCAUAUAAUUUUUAUGUUGAUGACAUAAUGUGCCGCGAAGCAUGUGGAUGUAUUUAAGCAUAAGGCUCUAAUAGCACAGAGAUCUUGUAAAGAGAUAAUCGGUUACAAAUACGUACAUGUGAACGGAUUGCAAUAUAUGUGUUUUAUUUGGUCCGCACUGUCAGUACUUUUGUUCUUCCCCUCCACCUGCGGGACGUGGGCAGGCAGUUGAGCCAAUUUGACUGAGCUGAGCUGAACAUGGUCAAUUUGCUGGUAAUUGUGACACUGUGGGCUGGCUAACGGCUUCACAAGAUAGUAUCAAAAACUCAUAGAAUUGUGUGUGGCUAGAGAA